UACUGAUCUUGGAACAGUCGGGAUGAAUCUCGAAAAUAUUACACAAGUGAAAGAAGCUAGACACAAAGAUGGGGUUUGUGAUUCCAUUUAUAUGAAGUUCUGGAACAGACAAAAGUAAUCCCUGUUGGAAAAAAAAACUGGAGCAGACGUUACCUUUGGACAGUAGAGAUGGAGGGGAAGGGGCCCAAGAGAGAACCUUGCAGAGGGAUGUUUGUGGCCGGAGGUUGGUUUACACAGUAUGUGGUCCAGCCUGAAUGAGUGGCUAUGGCAGGAGAGGUUCUGGCUACCACCCAACAACUCGUGGGCUGUACUGGAGGACCGCGAUGGCCUGGUCUACGCCCACCCCCAGGACAUGCUGAUGGCCCUGCCCCUGGCUCUGGCCCUGGUGGCCGUGCGCUUCACCUUCGAGAGAUUCGUUGGCCUGCCCCUGAGCCGGUGGCUGGGUGUGCGGAACCAGACCAGGAGGCCGGUGAAGCCCAAUGCCACGCUGGAGAAACACUUCCUUACGGAAGGGCAGAGACCCACAGGGCCCCAGAUGAGCCUCCUGGCGACCCAGUGUGGGCUCACACUGCGACAGACCCAACGCUGGUUCCGCAGACGCCGGAACCAGGACCGGCCCUGCCUGACCAAGAAGUUCUGUGAGGCCAGCUGGAGGUUCGCCUUCUAUCUGUGCUCCUUCAUCGGUGGAAUCUCGGUUCUUUACCACGAAUCGUGGCUGUGGACGCCGGUAAUGUGCUGGGACAGUUACCCACGGCAGCCCCUGAAGCCGGCCCUGUACCACUGGUAUCUCCUGGAGCUGAGUUUCUACAUCUCUCUGCUCAUCACGCUGCCCUUCGACACCAAGCGCAAGGAUUUCAAGGAGCAGGUGGCACAUCACUUUGUGACCAUCACCCUGAUCGUCUUCUCCUACAGCACGAAUCUGCUGCGCAUCGGCUCUCUGGUGCUGCUAUUGCACGACUCCUCUGACUACCUGCUGGAGGCCUGUAAGUUGUUCAACUACACGCACUGGCGGCGCGUGUGCGACGCUCUCUUCAUCAUCUUCUCGUUGGUCUUCUUCUACACUCGCCUCGUGCUCUUCCCCACCCAGAUCCUCUAUACCACAUACUACGAGUCCAUUGCCAACUCGGGCCCCUUCUUCGGCUACUACUUCUUCAAUGUGCUUCUGAUGACGCUACAGCUGCUGCACGUGUUCUGGUCUUGCCUCAUCCUUCGCAUGAUCUACAGCUUCAUAAAGAAAGGCCAGAUGGAGAAGGAUGUUCGCAGCGACGCGGAAGAGUCAGACUCCAGUGAUGGGGAGGCAGCCCAGGAGUACCCGCAGCUGAAGAACAGGGCAGCUCACCGGCCCGGAGCAGCCCCCACUGAUGGCCCCCGGAGCCGGGCAGCCAGGCGGAUGGCCAACGGGCACACACCAGCCACGUAGCCCGCUGAGGACUGACCACAGGGGCUGCCCCAGCGCCCGGCAGCUCGGAUUCGUGGGGUGGCUGGACUGGGGACCCUUGGGCCGAUUCUGUGGAGACAGGGAGGGCCCCACCCCAGAGGCUGAUGAUCUGUCUCCAGCCCCUUCUGCCCCCCUCCUUCCUUCCCUCAGGCAAAUGGACAGAGCUGCGGCCCGGGGAGAGAGGGGUGCAGGCAGCCUGGCAACUGUGAAGAGCCCCAGGAUGAAAGGGGGUCCAAUAAAACUUGACCGGAGCCAA